ACUACUCGGCUACCUCAGAUUUUAGCAUCUCAGCCAGGACACGCGCUCUCGUCGUGAACGCGCGUAAGCGGCGGUGAUGUAAACAGUAGCUAGGUUAAGCUAUCCGUCUUAAUCCAGCCGCUUUCCUCCACAGCACAUAUAAAAACACCGCUUGUCUGUCGUCAGACCCCAAAGCGUUGUCCCACUCUGGUUUGAGAGACGAUGUCAUCAGCACUUAGAGACCCGAAACCCGCCUUGAUCUUCUAAAAGUUUCGUUGCUGACGCACUAAGACGUUUUAAAAACUUUCUUCUUAAAGAUGAACAGUGUGAACAAGAAGGCACCCACGACAGCAACACAGCGACUAAAACAAGACUACCUCAGAAUAAAGAAAGACCCCGUGCCUUACAUCUGUGCUGAACCACUUCCCUCAAAUAUCUUGGAAUGGCACUAUGUUGUUCGGGGACCAGAGAAAACCCCAUAUGAAGGGGGAUACUAUCAUGGAAAACUGGUAUUCCCACGCGAGUUUCCUUUCAAACCACCUAGUAUUUACAUAAUAACCCCAAAUGGGAGAUUCAAGUGCAACACAAGGUUGUGCCUUUCCAUUACUGACUUCCAUCCGGACACUUGGAACCCUGCAUGGUCUGUCUCCACCAUCCUCACAGGGCUGCUGAGUUUCAUGGUGGAGAAAGGCCCCACGCUAGGAAGCAUCGAGACAUCAGAUUACACUAAAAGACAGCUGUCUGCGCAGAGCCUGGCUUUCAACUUAAAGGACAAAGUUUUCUGUGACCUAUUUCCAGAUGUUGUUUAUGAGAUCAAGCAGAAGCAAAAGACUCAGGAGGAGCUCCGUUCACGACCAAAAACUCUCCCACUCCCAGACGUGAUUCCAGAUGGAGACCAGGGCCAUUACGGAAUAGCAGCACUGAACGGACACGCACCUUUUGGUGUAGCAGCAGCCCCUCAGCCGCUUGCCCUCCAGCAGGCUAACCGUAACCACGGACUCCUUGGUGGAGCGCUGGCAAACCUUUUUGUAAUAGUUGGUUUUGCUGCCUUUGCUUACACGGUGAAGUAUGUACUCCGGAGCAUAGCCCAGGAAUGAGACAGGACUUGCUCGGGCUGAAGCCACCUUUGUGAGUAUCAAGUCACAAAAGGGAGCUCCUGUUCCUGCCAGGAAAAAAACUGAAACAACAAACCUGAUCCACCCUUCUACGAAGCUGAAGAAGAUCAGGGUGCUUUUUUUUUUAUUAGCGUACAGCAGAAGCUGUCUAGGCUGAAGGUUGUUCACCAUCUCUGGACUGCGUCAGUGCCUCAGCACAUGGCCACAUGCUUUUAAAAAAUGAUCAACAAGGGCCCACAUACCUGGGGCAGUGUUCUUUCAUUAGUCAUGUUACAGAAAAAAGUGUUUUGUCAGUUUAAACAUACAAGACCACUUUCAAAUGAGGAAUUAUUUAUAUCCACAGCACCUCUAUUUACUAUUUAUGGUUUCCUUUGUGUGCAUCUCCAUUUGUCCCCCUUGAUUUCCAUUGAUUUAUCACAUCUGAUUUCUCUGCGAUUGGCUUGGAGGUAAAUGUUUUUACAUUUUUUUGUGUAUGAUUUUAUUGCUGUAAACUUCUAUAUAUUAUAAUAUAGAAAGAUAUGGGGAAUAUAAAGUGCUAUCAAAAAAUGGAAAUUGAUUAGUUAUACUCAUUUUGUCAGGCAAGAAUCAACUGUGGCUUAUUUCUUUGCACUUUGUGAAAGCGGUUUAAUAAAGUGUGAUUUGAUUAUUCGAUUAAAAUAAUAAACAGCAUCUUUAUUGAUAGAGAUUUUGGAUCUCACUAAGUAUCUCUAAUAACUGUGUAAUUACAUGUGAACAGCAUAUGCAACGACAAUGUAACUACUAACGAUUUAGACACAUAGAUUACAGACGUGCACCUUAUGUAAUUACACAGGUGUGUCUUGAUAGUUGUAACAGCUUAUUCUCUCUUAUGUAUUUACACAUGGGUAAUAACAAAAAUCUAAUUACAUUUGUAAUCAGACUGAACAGCAGUUUUUCAGAAGACUUUUCCAGCAGUUAAAGGAAGUAUGUGAUAACUUACAUUAAGACAAUAGUAACACUGUGUCUGUCAGCUUUCCUAACAUUUAGUUAGUGUUUAUGUUGCUAGUCCUGUGACAUUGUAACCAGUUUCGUCUUUAAACCGUUCUGUAUAUGUGACAGUACAGCAAGCGUCCCCUCAUCUUAAAAUGUAACUUUUAUGACAUCACCUAUAUAACAACUACACAGGAACUGUCCACUUUAACACUGCACUACAGACACUACACGUUCCUGUAUAGAAUAUACACUUGAAGCAAAACAGAAGUUGAUACAUGUGUGAUUACAUAGGCUGUACUUCUGUAAUCCAUCUAUAACAUUAACCAAAUGAUCAGCAGUUCGUGUUGCUGCAUAUGUUAUUCAUGUGUAACUACACAGUUGUUAGAGACUCAGUAUAAAGGGGGACCAGAUUUGGUUCCUUUGUGCUUUUCAUCACAGUGCUGCAGUAACAGCCUCCACUUUUCUGGGAAGGCUUUACACUAGAUGUUGGAAUAUUACUGAUUUGAUUGCAUUUAGCCACAAGAGCAUUAGUGAGCAUUAGUCAGGCACUGAUGUUGUUUGAUUAGCUCUGUAUCACGAAUGUCACUCCAGCUCACUACAGCCCAGUGCAGGGGCGCUUUAUACGCUUGGCACUGGGCAUGGUGACCUUGGCUCAUGUUGGCAAUGCUUUUCCAUUAACAUUAUACAAACCCUAUUUCUGGACACUUGUAAAAUGCAAUAAAAACUAGAAUCAGUGAGAUCUA